AUGGCUCCCAACGGCCACAAAGCGUCUGGGAAGAAGGGUAUUCACAAUUCUAGUGAUAGCUCACCCGUUUUUUGGGAGGAUAAACAUGGCCACCGAGAGUUCAUGGAUUGGAAAGAAGCAAAUCAGAACGGUCCUUUUCCUUCGUACGAGGAAUGGGUUGAGUCUCAAAAAAGGUCAGGUGGUCUCUCGUUAUAUUACACAGCGCUGCGCAUGUUCGAGGAGUCUGAUUCAACUGACGAGGAGACUAUGCCCGUCAAAGCCAAACCCCAAGUAACCAAGGCUCGUGGUCAGGUCGGUCGCCCAAAGAAGACUGUGAGUACGAAUGGCAAUGGGUUGUCGCGUGCGGCUGAGUCUGCGACACCAUCUGUCGUCGCCAAUUCGGAAGACCUUAGUCCUUCUGGCAAGAAGAAGCGUAAGGCGCGCAAGAAGCCACUCUCUGAGGAGGUCGUCGCUUCGGCUAGUGACAGCGGUGAAGUUAUCAAGGAUCUUGGAGCAUCGGCGCCCGUAGCUGAGACUGCGACACCCACAGCACCGAUGAUUACCGUCAACGGUCAGCGGAAAUCAUCGACUCGUAAGGCAAGGAAGAAGCCUAUCUCCGAGGAAACCAUCUCACCGGAGGACGAGCUAGAGGACCCAAUGGAGAAUACGAUCGAUGAGGUUGUUGCAUCUUUGGUUGCGUCUCCUCUUCCUGUUCGAUCAGCUCCGAAAUCGCCAGCCGCAGCACCAACUUCGGACCCGCCGAAGAAGAGCCAUAUCCUAAAACUGAGCACCAGGAAGACACCGAAGAAGAAGACUGUCCCUGAGCAGCCUGCUAUCGAAGGCGGAGCUGGCGAUGUUGAUGCUCUUACUCAAGCUACGCCUAGCAAUGUCUCAACUGCAGCCGAGCCGAACAUCACCUUUGACACGAACGUCACGCCAAAAGUCAAUGACAAGAUGACCCAAGAUACGGACUCUGCUGCGGCUUCGCCGGACCCGACUACUGCAUCAACAGGCUCCACCCGACGCGGACUUCGCACUAGAAAGCCUGCACAGCAGAGGCCAUACUAUCAUGAUUCGCAGCUGUUCGAGGAUGUAGAGCCCACCAAUGGAGAUGCACAGGAUUCAAGCAAUACGUCACCAGUUACACAGGGCAGGAGAGUGUCGGUCGCAUCAAUUAGCAAGAACAUUGACGAUGCGCUACUAGCCUCACUAGAUGAAGAGGCAAUGGCUCUGCUUCAAGAAGAAACCGAUCCCGAGCCCGCAAAACCCAAGCACUUUAAGGGAAAAGGUCGCGCGUGGAAGAAAGAAGGUUCUGACGAGGACGAAGAGUUCUCUCUAGCUGCCAAAAAGAAGGCUGCCAAGGCGGCACGGAUGAAGGCAAAAGGCCAAAUCCCCAAGAAGCGGGGCAGACCGAGGAAGAGCGGCCGGUCGGAAGAGCUCAUUGAUGAGGAGACGGACGAGGACAAAGAUGCGGUCAAGCGAAAGCGACCGCCUCCACGCAAGAGCGCUUUGUCUGAGGAGGUCAUCAUCGAUAGUUCCGAUGAGGAAGAAUCAAAGGAGAUGGAGGUAGAGGAGAGCACGACACCCAAGUACACACCAAACAAGUCUUACACACCAAACAAGUCUUAUACACCAAAGGGCUUGCCAAAGUACAUGUCCAAAGCCGAUAGUGGUGCAAACGGCGGCUCAGAGCUCGGCACUGAUGACGAGCUGGAGGUUGUCAGUCCGUCCAGGAAGACAGUAGGAAGUGAGGUUGAGGAGUCUGAUGUGCUUCACAAAUGA